UUGGAAUCGUUUGUGGGUUCAGCAGAGGUCUCUGUAGGACACUGGUGGAGCCAGGGUGCUCCAGAGGCAUUUAAAGACAUACACAGCUCAUCAGGAGUGGUGCUGGUAUUGGUGGUCAGUUUUCAUGAAUGUGAUGAAUGAGUGUGGAUAAAAUAGUGAAACAAACUAAAAUUUCUCGUAGGUAAUUAUGUACACUGUGGCUUAAAUUGUGUAAGGCACAGACUCCACCCUGUAGGGAAAGCUGUUGGAAAGCUGAACCCCAGUGUGUGCUGUUUGUUGGCAGUGAUACUCAAUUUGGCACAAUAAUGUGCUGCCCUUUGUAAGUGUCACAAAUUUCAGGCUCUCCAGGGAAGUGGUCAUGGCACCAAGCCUGUCAGAGUUCAGGGAGCAUCUGAAUGAUGCCCUGAGUCACAUGGUUUAGUUUUAGGUAGCCCUGAGAGGAGCAGGGAGUUGAACUCCAUGAGAGACAGACUCUGAAGCUGUUGCAGUGGCAGCAGAUGAGAACCUGUGUGGUGAUGUGUCAGUGGAAGAUGCAGCUCCAAGCCUGGACAAGUGUUGGUUCAUGGUGCUGUUGUGGGAAUAAACCCAUAAAACUGAGAAUUUCUUGUGUUAGAGUAGGAAAUGGGGGCUAGAAAAGGAAAGGAACAUGAAGCUUUAAAAAUACCAGUGUUUCUUGUGCUACUAAUAAGUAUUGGUGUGAACUUCCCCGUGUCCCAAAAAGAGAGAGAGAAUGGAAAAAAAGCAGGAAUGAAAUGAUGGGUGAGCUCUCAGUUGGAGGUGUGAGCCAGAACACUGUGGUUUGUGCACUGCUGGUGAGCCCUGAGGGCUGUGGUUGCACAGGGUGCUCACACCUCUGUCUGUGGGCCAGCAGAGGCAUGGGAGAGGUGGAUGGUUCCAUGGGCUGUGUUCAUAAUGCAGCAGCCAGAGGAUAAACGUUGCUUUUGUGGUUACUUCCAGGGCCUGGGGAAGAUGACAACCCUCACACGGCAGGACCUCAACUUUGGGCAAGUUGUUGCAGAUGUUCUUUCAGAGUUCCUGGAAGUGGCUGUUCACCUCAUCUUGUACGUCAGAGAAGUUUACCCCAUCGGGAUCUUUCAGAAGAGGAAAAAAUACAACGUACCUGUGCAGAUGUCCUGCCACCCGGAGCUGAACCAGUACAUCCAGGACACGCUGCACUGUGUAAAGCCACUGCUGGAGAAGAACGAUGUGGAGAAAGUUGUGGUUGUAAUCCUGGAUAAAGAGCACCACCCGGUGGAGAGAUUUGUCUUUGAGAUCACCCAGCCGCCUCUGCUUUCCAUUAGUUCUGAGUCCCUGCUGUCCCACGUGGAGCAGUUACUCCGUGCCUUCAUCCUGAAAAUCAGCGUGUGCGACGCUGUGCUGGACAACAACCCCCCAGGUUGCACCUUCACAGUUCUGGUUCACACACGGGAGGCUGCCACACGGAACAUGGAAAAGAUCCAGGUGAUAAAGGACUUCCCGUGGAUCCUCGCUGACGAGCAGGACGUGCACAUGCACGACCCCCGGCUCAUCCCCCUGAAAACCAUGACAUCUGACAUCUUAAAGAUGCAGCUCUACGUAGAGGAGCGAGCCCACAAAGGCACCUGAUUUCAACUCCCCCUUGCCUUCGAGCCUCACGUGAUCUUCCAGCGGAGUAAGAUCUGUCACAAACCAUACCUUGAGAACCAUCUCUUCAGCCAGCCUUCUGGUGAAUGUAGAGCAGCUGCUGCCUCUUUAUUUCAAGUGCUCUUACCACUGUAUAUAGAACUGACUUGGAAUGUGGAGCCAGAGCCUGUUCCCCUGUUCCCACGUGUGCGAGUGAGUACAGGUGUUGUUAUGGUGUGUCCCUGGGGAGUCAGUGCUUUGUACCAAUCCAACUCUCACCUGGAGGGGCAGCUCCCUUGCACAGGGGCAGGGAUGGACAGCAAGGAGCUGUUCCACGAGAGCAAUGGACUCGUGCUAAGGGGGAGUGAGGCCUUAUGUAGUGUCUGUCCACUGUGACUGUCCCAAGUAGUCUUCAAUAAACAUGAAGUUUUACCCCAGUUGAACUGGGCUGAGUCCUGUUCAAACCA